CUACAAUUCAAUUUCAGAAACAGCAAAGAUUGAAGCAGGUAAACAUGGGCGAGACUGGGAUUUCUAACCGGAAGCUUCUAAAAUUGUACAGAAAAAUAUCGUUCAGAAAAAUUUGAGGUAACUGUAGAAGAUGUGGUUCUACUUAAUUCUGGCUUUACUUUUCACUUUUGCAAUUUCUAAACAAGAUCGAAAGAAAGAAAUCUAUGAGUCCGAACAAGAAAUUUACAGAGGAGAACUAAUUUACUUGCAGAUAUUAACCAGUAAUGGAUUUUAUUCGCCAUUGGAACUUUACCCAACAGAUGAAAACAAAGAAAGUGCAUGGCCAGAAGGACUCACUAAGCUAACGAAGCUAGGAAUGCUACAGCAAUACCAGUUAGGAAAGUUUCUUCGCAAGGUGUAUGGCGACUUUAUCACAUCGAAUCCAACAGAAGUAGAAGCAUUUAGUGCAGCAGACGACCGUACCCUCGAAAGUGCACUCUGUUUUCUAGCCUCUCUAUACUCACCAACAAAGGAAUGGAGGUUCUUACCCAAAUUUGAGUGGCAACCAGUACCAGUUCCUCAUAUAGAAGGACCAUAUGAUAGAUUUCUGGGUUAUUUGCCUUAUUGCCCAAGAAUGUUUUCGGAAAUACGCAAGAUCAUCAAGUCUCAACCUGGGCAAGAAUUUAUUAACAAAGAUGAGGUAAGGAUUGAUUGAAAUUUAAUUUUUUAAGAUAAAACGACUAAAAAAGUAGUAAUUUUGAAAAUUACUGCAAUGAACUAUUUUCCUUUUUCUGAUUAUUGAAGUGCAAUGUUAACUUUGUUAAUAAUAUUUACCAAGAGGUUAUUGAUUAGAACAGUUUAAGAUUUGAAAAAUUCAAAAUUUUUCUUAGUUGUUUGAUGCAAAAAAAUUAAUUCAGUACGUCAAAUUAAUAAAGAAACCUUAGAUAAAAAUCUGUUGAAAUUAAAAUUUUCAAUCUUGUAACCAGUGCCUUGUUAAAUUAAAGGUUUUUUUUUUAAUAAAAUAGGAGAUUCUUUCUGAGGAAUGAUGGAUAAAAUAUAUAUGCAGUCGAGCCGGAUUAAAUUCUAUAUUUACUUAAAUUCACACUUUGUUGGCCACAACUCACUUGGCACUCCAAUCGGGCCUAUUUCUAGAACAAUUUUGAUACUAUUGUGAUAGAAGCGAUCAUUGCAGCAAAGCGUCUGGCCAUGAGGAAACCACAAGCGCUCUCAACAACAUACAUUAUACACUCCCUACGAUACAGACUGGGGAUGACAUUGAUAGUUUCAUUCAGGAGCUCACAGAAAAGAUCAAAGAAGCUCACGAAAAGGCAAAAGUCGAAAUUCAUAGAAGGGCAUAUACAAGAAGCUGUGAUCUUCAAGCACUCAUUAAACGGAGAAAUGCUGCGCGGAGGCUCUUCCAAAGAACCAGAUGUCAUGAAGACAAAACCCUUUUCAAUCGCCUUGCCAAUGCAGUCAAGUCUCUUACACGCGUGCAAGCACAACAACGCUGGACCAGCUACCUUAACUCACUUUCCACGGACGAUAACUCUCUGUGGAAAGCUGUUUCUAGGUAUACAAAAUGCUGCAACAAAAUUCCGCCCCUUAAAGGCCCCACGAGGAUUCAUUACACCGAAACUGAGAAAGCAGAACUGUUAGCAAUGCAACUGGAAUCUCAGUUUUGCACGAACAACAUACAUGACAUUCCAACAGAAAACAUUGUUUACACAUUUCAUAACAAUAUCACAACAAAUACAAACAUAAACAACAUCCCUCCGGUUAUGCCUUCGGAGGUCCUUGACUGUGUCAAUAAACUCAAGAAGCGGAAAAGCCCUGGUUUGGAUGGGGUCACCAACUAUAUGCUAAAGAAAAUGCCACUUAAGAUCAUCUUCAUCCUGGCGAAGAUAUUCACCAGGAUCAUGCAAUUACAGCAUUUCCCACAGGCCUGGAAAACGGCAAAAAUUGUACCCAUCCUGAAACCGGGGAAACCAGCAUCCGACCCCACUGCUUACCGGCCGAUCAGUCUGCUCUCCUCCAUGAGCAAGGUCUACGAGGCUAUGCUUCUCACAAGAAUAAAUCAUCACCUGGAGCAAAACAACAUCUUAAUCCCAAGCCAAUUCGGUUUCCGGAAAGGCUUGGGAACCACGAACCAGCUCUACAGGGUAGUGGAGCUUAUAUCGGAUGGUCUGCACAAGAGGAGAGUUACUGGCGGUCUGUUUAUUGACAUAGCCAAGGCCUUUGAUCGGGUCUGGCUGGAGGCACUAGUUUACAAAAUACACAAUCUGGGCUUCCCAGAUUACAUCACAAACAUCACUAAAUCCUACCUAACAGGUAGAAACUUUGUCGUUCACGUCUCAGGAACAAAUUCUAAUCUACACCCCAUAAGGGCAGGGGUCCCUUUUAGGGCCCACCUACUUUAAUAUUUACGUGAACGAUAUCCCUACAACUCAGGACACAACACUGGCUAUGUAUGCUGACGACACAGCAAUCCUCACACAAAGUGCAUUUGCUGGUUCAGCUAUACAACAUCUACAAAAUUACAUACAUGCACUGGAGACUUGGCUCACUCAAUGGAAGAUUAAGGUCAACAUAGAUAAAACUCAAGCCAUCCUGUUUACCAGGAAGAAGAAGUUCAAAAAAAACCUGGUAAUGUACGGCAGCUCCAUCCCCUGGGCCCAGCAAGUCCCUUAUCUUGGGGUGAUCCUCAAUAAAACUCUGUCAUGGAACCCACACAUCACAAAUAUUAUUAAUAAGUUUCGAGCCCGUAAAGCUCAACUCUUCCCCUUAAUUGCUCGAAACAGUGUUUUGACUAUAGAUAACAAGUUACUCAUUUAUAAAUCCAUUUUGCGUCCAUUACUAUGCUAUGCAUGUCCUGUAUGGGCGUACUCAUGUAACAGGUAUCGGGGCAAGCUACAAAUUGCCCAAAAUUCCACUCUCAGGCAAAUUGCCAAUGUACCAUGGUACGUGAGGAACAAUAAAAUUCAUGAGGAACUGGGCGUGCGCCCGCUUAAAUCUGUAUACUACAAAAUUGCCAAACGAUUUCAUAGCAGGCAGUUAGAGAUUGGAAACCCUGCCAUUAAGAUACCUGAGUACGACCCAUACAAUCUGGACAACAAACACAGGCCUUUGGCCAUAUUAAAUGAAUGGAUCAUGUAAUGGCAUAGCAUAGUAAUGGCUUCUCUGCUUUAUAUUAUUAUUGUCUUCUUAGCAACACCUUCAGUAUGUAUAUUUAUUUUAUUAUUGUUAUUGUACUCUCAUGUAUGUAUAUAAAUUUGUAUAUAUUUAUUUGCCAAGGGCUGGCAUCACUUUGGGCACUGCCUUGUGUUUCACAUCUUGUUUCUAGGAUUUCUCAUCACUCGACAGCUUUCUGGCCUUCUGGUAAUAUAUAAAAAAUCCCUAAAAUCCACCAAAAAAAUUAAAAAAUUCUAAAUAUACUUAAAAAUGUUAAAAAAAAAAAAAAAAAAAAAAAAAAAAAA